GUUUCUUUUCAGAUGACCACAUGCACAGAAACUAUACUAAAUUGAUGGGAAAAAAUGAGCAAUGUCACAGAAUUCAUCCUCCUGGGCUUGACCCAAGACCCAGAUCUGCAGAAACUCUUAUUUAUUGUGUGCUUAAUGAUCUAUUUGAUCACACUGGCAGGUAACACGCUCAUCUCAGUCACCAUCUUCAUCAGCCCAGCCCUGGCUACUCCCAUGUACUUCUUUCUGUCCUAUUUGUCCAUCAUAGAUGGUUUCUACUCUUCCUCCAUAGCACCCAAAAUGAUCUACAACCUAAUCUCUGAGAAGAGCACCAUAUCCUUCAAUGGCUGCAUGACUCAGCUUUUUGCUGAGCAUUUUUUUGCUGCAGCUGAAAUCAUCUUGCUGAUUGCCAUGGCCUAUGAUCGCUAUGUAGCCAUCUGCAAGCCCUUGCACUACAUGACCAUCAUGAACCGACAUGUAUGUAUUUUCCUAGUGGUAGCAGCUGGAAUUGUGGGGUUUGUUCAUGGAACGAUACAGACUACAAUCAUAGCCCAAUUACCCUUCUGUGGCCCCAAUACCAUUAAUCACUUUAUAUGUGAUUUAAUACCACUUCUGGAGUUGGCCUGUACAGACACUCACAUUCUGGGGCCCCUGAUCGCUGCCAACAGUGGGUCAAUGUGUUUACUCACUUUCUCUAUGCUGAUUGCUUCCUAUGUGGUCAUUCUUUGCUCCCUGAGGAACCACAGUUCAGAAGGGCGUCGCAAAGCCCUGUCUACCUGUGCCUCUCAUGUCACUGUUGUUGUCUUAUUUUUUGUACCUUGUUCAUACUUGUAUGUGAGACCAAUGAUCUCCUUCCACAUUGACAAAGUUGUGAGUGUGUUUUACACCUUUGUGACACCUUUGUUGAACCCUUUAAUCUAUACCUUCAGAAAUAAGGAUGUCAAAAAUGUUAUGAAGAAGCUCCUGGGUCAAAUUAUGUCAAAUCCUGGUUAAAUAAAACCAGUCAUUUGUUAUAGCAAGGUAGGAAUAC